GCAGUUCCUGAGGUUCAAGACUCGCCCUGUGUUCCUUGUACAGCCAUGGCCCAGCAGUUCUGGGUCCCCUGUCUUUUCACACUAUUUCUAGCUGCCUUGGCUCAGGAGUCUCUGGGUCCUCAAAAAGCAAAGGUGGACUGCAACAAGGGGGUGAAUGGCACCAUCUAUGAGUACGGAGCCAAGACCCUGGAUGGCGGGGAGUAUGUUCAGUUCCAGCGGUAUGCAGGGAAGCACGUCCUCUUUGUCAAUGUGGCGUCCUUCUGCGGCCUGACGGCCACUUACCCUGAACUAAACAAACUGCAGGAGGAGCUGGAGAGCUUCAAUGUCAUCGUUUUGGGCUUUCCUUGCAACCAGUUUGGAAAACAAGAACCUGGGAAAAACUCAGAGAUUCUCCUUGGACUCAAAUAUGUGCGUCCAGGCGGUGGCUAUGUCCCCAAUUUCCAGCUCUUUGAGAAGGGGGAUGUGAAUGGAGAAAACGAACAAAAGAUUUUUUCUUUCCUAAAGAACUCCUGUCCUCCCACCUCUGAACUCUUGGGCUCUACGGAAUAUCUCUUCUGGAAUCCCAUGAAGGUCCAUGACAUCCGCUGGAACUUCGAGAAGUUCCUGGUGGGGUCCGAUGGAGUGCCUGUCAUGCGCUGGUUCCACCACACCCCUGUCAGCACUGUCCAAUCCGACAUCAUGGAGUACCUAAACCAAACCCAGACCCACUAGGAUAUACCUUACACAGAAUGCCUUUGCUCCACUCCUUCGCCAGCCUCUGUAUGACCAAAGCCUACAACACUGCCUAGGUCCCUCCUAAUGCUUGUGUGGACAGCUCUGUAUGACUGUAUACAGAAGUGUAGUUCUGGUAGGUGUGCACAUGCAUUGAAAAUUAAGGAAAAGAAAAUCUAUUUACCCAGAUAUCAGGCUCUGCUAUAUCAAGUUUUCCUAAACUAUUCCAAAAGGAAGUCAUAUUUUAGAGUUGAUGAUCCAGACAAUCCUAUCCACCUAAAAACAGCAAUCCCGCAAGGGUCCCAGUGAGUUAAAGGAAGUGGAAAUGGGUAGACGACCCUCUGGGCUCCCUUUCCAGCCUCCUCUCCUCCCAAACUGGGGAUGCUUUGUUAAGCUCUUCUUCUGUCUAGUCCCCUAGGUGGUGAUCUUGUAGUUUUCUUAGGGGAUUCUGAAGGCUGAGAGCAGAAACCUCACCUGGCAUGAAGGAAGGGUCAUCUCCAUCCCCGUAGGCCCCAGGGCCCCUCUGGAUGAUACCCGACCAGAACCUUCCUGGGUGCCUUCCUGUUAGCACAUUCCAGUCCCAGCUCCUGGCCAUGGAUGUCUUUCAC